AUGUCUAAGCACGGCAUAAAGAGACGCUCAUCCUCAAAUCAUUCAGAAGACGAUAUAGAUCAUCGACCUAAAAAAAGGAAAUCUUCACCUGAACCUAAAAACAAUCAAUCGAAAUCAUCAACAUUGACAUCAACGUUGACAAAAUCCAAAUCACAAAAUCCAAAGUCAAUUAGUCUAUUUAGCAAAAUCACGGAUAGUUUGGAGAGAUUCAUCAUGGGAUCUGUACUGCAAACUGCAUCAUCAUCUAAUCCUAUAAAACAAACAGCUCCUACACAUUCAUCUUCCAAUCACCAAGAUCAGGAACCUUCUUCUUCGUCUUCUUCAUACAGCCCUCCUUUAAACUCAAGUGACGGUUCACUGAAACCUUAUCCCGGAGGUUCAUUAGCUCUUCUCAAUUCAUAUGAUCAUGAUCACUCAUCGUCAUCUAGAUCCAUAGAUGAUGGGGAUAAGGAAGAUGCUGGAUCCUCAUCAGAUAACCCUAUCGAUCUAGUUGAUGGGGAUGAAGAGAGCGAUAAUGAUGGAAGGGAAAAUCACGUGAUCAAACCAAACUCAUUCCAUUCAUCCCAAAUACAAGCAAAAGCAGGACCUAGUAAACCAAGACUUUCUCCAUCAUUAUCAAACGAUGGUCCCUUGCUCUUCAGUGAAACGUUUUCACAAAAACAAUUACCUACACCACCCGAUUCGCAAAGCCAGACUGAAGAAGCUGAACCUGAACCAUCAAAACGUACAUUGGAUAUAUACCCCAAACUACCUACGCCUCAACAGCAAUUCGGUAAAUUCAAUAAAAGCCAACUUACUUUAGGGACUAUUCUCAGAGACGGGUUGAGAAAGCAACCUUCUCGACCUGACGUAUCAUUAUCUGGAAAAAAGCACGAACGUAAAGCAUGGGAGUUAUCUUUGUCUGCGAAAAGAAGUCCAUCCCCAUCAUCAAGUACUUCUUCUCGCCAUAGCACGAAAAGUGAGAGACAUCGGAAACGUAAAAGUAAUCUCAGAUCAUCGAAGCAAAGUGAAAGGAUUCAACAAUCUCAUAUACGUGCACAACUGACAAAGAUGAAGAACGUCGUCGAAGCUGAAGGGAAAUAUAACCUGGGUAAAUCAGCGCAAAGGGUGCAACGAAUGCUCAUGGGUCAACCAUUAAAGAAUGCAGCCGAAGUCACACACAGAAUGUAUGUGCAAGCCGGACUGAAUGAUAAAUUCGUCUACCGAAACCUUUUACUGGCCAAUCAAGGUGGACCUGUGACAUUAGAAGAGAAAACAACACCGAAACCUGUUAUAUAUGAUGUAAGCAGGAAGCGUGCCCAAGGCAAGGCCGCCAAGGAUAAAGCCUUAGAAGGCCCUUUCCACGAUCUUCGUGAAGUAGCCAGUUCUCUAAGAGAAAUCAUAGAUGAAGAAAUCCGUAAGGAAAAAGAGAUAAAAGAAAGAUUGACUCAACCAAAAGUCCCAGCUGCACUAACCCCGGAACAAGAGAACAAGGUGAUCGAAAAUCUCAAUAACACCUCAUUCAAAGCGAAAAUCUCUGUAGCUGAAUGUGGAGCACAGUCUUUGAGAAGAUUGAAGAACACCAUGUGGUUAGAUGAUGAAGUGAUGAACUUCUACGGAGGUAUGAUGAUUGAGAGAGCCAAGACCGAUGGUGGAAAGAAAAUCCAUUUCUUCAAUUCGUUCUUUUACCAGAGAAUAUCGGACAGUGGGCAUAGUGCUGUUAAAAGAUGGACCAGGAAACUGGAUAUCUUCGAUUUCGACGUGGUUCUUUUCCCUAUAAAUAUAGGGAAUAUGCAUUGGACAGCUUGUGCAAUCAACCUCGAGAAGAAAAGAAUCGAGUAUUACGAUUCGAUGGGUGAUUCUGGUAAUCAAAGGGCCAACGUAUUCAAGAGAGUAAGAGCAUAUCUCACUGAUGAACACAUGGAACGUAAAAAAAAAUCAUUCAAUUUCGAUGGAUGGACGAAUGAAUUCAACGAUCAUACACCGCAACAAGAUAAUGGAUCUGAUUGUGGUGUCUUCUCAUGUCAGACAUUAGAGAUGAUAACUCGCGGACGCGAUUUGAAAGAUCAAUCGUUCGAGUUCGACUCUAGUAACAUGCCAUUCUUUAGGAAAUUGAUGGUAUUGGAAAUUGGCAAUGGUAAAUUGGAAAAAAGAUCUUGGGGUAAUCCGAAGAUAUAA